UUUGGAUUAUAUUAGUAUGGCAGAUCUUGAUGGCAGCAACCAGUUUGUCGUGAUCAAUAAAAACUUGCCGCAUACCUUCGCUCUAACGACAUUCACGGACUACAUAUUUUGGACCGAUUGGGAAUCGAAGAGUAUUAACAGGUUAACAGAGCUCACAAGUUUUCUGGAGAAAAUCGUACAACGAUUGUUUAAACAUCACAUAGGCCUAUGGAUAUACAGGUCUAUCAUAAAAUGAGACAGACAAAAGCACAUUUUAAUCCAUGUCGUGUCAGAAAUGGUGGCUGUUCACAUUUGUGUCUGCUUAAGCCAUAUAUGGUUUCAUCAUUCAGAACAUCAACAUUUUUCCGAUCGAUAACCAGGGUGUGUGGUUGUCCAGAAAACUACAAGCUGGAUGGUAGCUACAAUUGUGUUCCAACUUGCAAUGAGCCAUUCCAUUUUGAAUGUAAAGAAAGUUCCAAGUGUAUACCCUCAUGGUGGAAAUGUGACAAUUACACAGACUGUGCGGGAGGAGAAGACGAGAUUAAUUGUACACAGCCCUAUUACUGUCCACAGAGAGGCUAUUUCCAGUGUAAAGGAGCCGUAGAUAAAACUGGUUGUUUGCCACCAGUGGAUAUCUGUAAUGGUAAUGCAGAAUGCAAGGAUAAAUCUGACGAAGAACAGUGUGAUAAGUAUGACUGUUUAAAGGGUUAUGUAAAAUGUCAGAAAGAGAACAAGUGUAUACCACUGACACAUGUAUGUGAUGGGAACCAACACUGUAAAGAUGGACAGGACGAACAUAACUGUACUGCUAAGGAUUGUAAUGAGGACCAAUUUAAAUGUGAUGGCAACCGAUGUGUUCCAUUCAUGUGGAGGUGUGAUCAUGACAAGGAUUGUUUAGAUGGUAAAGAUGAGCCGUCUGACACAGUAUGUAAAAAUACCACAUGUCCGAAAGAUUUCUUCAAGUGUACAUCAGGACGCUGUAUCCCUGAAUCAUGGAAAUGUGAUGGGGAUAUUGAUUGUAGUCUCACAGACAAUAGUGAUGAAAAAGAUUGUGCGAAUAGAUCUUGCAGUGCCAACCAGUUUAAGUGUGAUGACAACAAUUGUAUACCUCAAGGCUGGAAGUGUGAUUACGACAAAGAUUGUAAAGAUGGGAGUGAUGAAAAAAACUGUGAACAUGUAUAUGCCAAUUGUACCAGUGAACAGUUCUCAUGUUCUUCAAACAAGAAGUGUAUUCCAAAAUCCUGGCAGUGUAAUGGAGAAGUUAACUGUGUAGAUGGCAGUGAUGAAAGUGGCUGUGGAAACACUACUCAGUGUGGUGAUGAUCAGUUUAAUUGUCAGACCAUGUGUAUACCUAAAGUUUGGCAGUGUGAUGGAGAUAUUGACUGUUCCAAUGGCAAUGACGAAAAGGAGUGUAAAAAUCCAGACCAGUGUGAACAGGGACAAUUCCAGUGUAAAAACAAAGUGUGUGUUCCUGGACUGUGGAGGUGUGAUACAGAAGAUGAUUGCCAUGACAACAGCGAUGAAGAUUCCUCCAUGUGCAAAGACUACACAUGCCCACCUGGACGAUUCCGAUGUAAAAAUCAUAAGUGUAUUUUCAGCGACAAAAGAUGUGAUGGGACGAACCAAUGUGGAGACAACUCUGAUGAGGAAAACUGUUUUUUUGACAGUGUGUGUACAGGACAGAGUUUCCAGUGCGACAGUUCUAAGACAUGCAUACCUAUGGACAGAGUUUGUGAUGGAAAGAUAGAUUGCAUCAAGGAUGCAUCAGAUGAAAAGCCAGCUAUCUGCAAAAAAAUGUCGCCAUGCAGUGAUGAAUUAAGAAGAAACAGCAGUAUUUGUCAACAGAAAUGUAUUAGUCUACCUUAUAAGGCGGGUGCUUACAAGUGUGCUUGUAAAGAAGGAUAUACAUUAAUGGAAGAUGGUUUCCAUUGCCAAGUACAAGAUUUAUGUAAGAAGUGGGGCACAUGUCCACAGCUCUGUAGUCCAAAACAUAUGAUGGAGGCUUCUGCAGGGGUCCAUUGCUCUUGUGAGGAUGGUUAUGAAAAGAAAACUACAUUUGAUGGCACUUUGUCAUGUAUAGCUAAAGGUCCACAGCCAUUAAUAUUAGUUGCUAGAGAGAGUGUUAUUUUGCAGUCAGACUUGUACGGAAAGUCAGAAGAACAAACAAUUGGGAAGGAGAGUAGUGCCAAAAUAGCUAGCAUUGAUGCUGACAUGACAACUAGCCCUUGGUCAGUCUUUGUGGUCAGUCACUCUAACCACUCAAACCACUCUAUCAGUAAAAUGACAAUCCAAAGCACAAAGUCAGAGAAAGGGAAAGUUAAAAGAGCAGCAGUUCAACCAGUACCAGAGGUUUUGCUCCGCAAUCUUGGUAACCCUCAUGGUAUUGCAGUGAACUGGGUUGGCAAGCAUAUAUACUGGACUGAUUCCCACACAAGGAAAAUAGAAAUGGCAAAUUUUGAAGGCAAACAGCGUCGAUCUGUUAUUUCAUCUGCUUUGGAUCAGCCAUAUUCUAUUGUUGUACAUCCAGAAAAAGGGAAACUCUUUUGGACUGACAGGGGCUUUCCCCCUAAAAUAGAAAGCUCAAACUUAGAUGGAAGUGGUCGCAAGAUAGUUGUCAAUGAAGAGAUAAUCUGGCCCAAUGGUCUAGCCAUAGACUACCCUAAUGGUAGAUUAUACUGGGCCGACACAAAGAAAAGGACUAUUGAGACAGUGGACUUAGAGGGAAAAGACAGACAUGUGGUCAUACAGUUCAACACUUCUACUGGGACACUGGCACCAUACAUGGUUGACGUUUUUGAGGACUAUCUCUUUGUGAGUUUCUACCAUAACAGUACAGUGAUUAAAAUUAAGAAAUUCCGAACAAAUCCUCAUAGCCUUGAAGAUGGGCAACCGUUAUUCAAGACAUUACUUUCUAUAGGAGACAUCCUGAUUCUUCAACCGAGCAAACAGAAAUUAAUUGACAACCACUGUAGUAUCACAGAGCUUCACUGUCCUUCAGCCAUGUGUAUCAAUAUGCCACAAGAAAGCACAAAGAAAUACAAAUGUGUGUGUCCAGAUGGCGCUCGCUACAUUGAUGAGAAAUGUGACUUUUCCACUUGUCUUCCUGGACACUGUUACAAUGGCGGAACUUGCAAUAUUUCUAACACUGGACCAAAGUGCAUCUGUCCACCAGGAUAUAAUGGAACCAGGUGUAAUAACUAUAUAUGCAAUAAUUACUGUCAAAAUGGAGGCCAGUGUAUGAUUCAUGAUGGAAAACCAAUAUGUAGAUGUUCAGAGAUGUUCACAGGGGCAACUUGCAGUGAACAUAUGAAUCCAUCCCUUUGCAAGGGUUUGUGUGAAAAUGGAGGCACAUGUAUAAUAAUGAAUGGCCGGAGAACAUGUAAAUGUCAAAAGGGAUUUACAGGUACAAGAUGUGAACAAUGCACCUCUCUCAUGUGUUAUAAUGGUGGAACUUGUCGCCAUAGCGACAGUAAUUCCCUGCAGCAAACUUGUGUCAAUGGAGACUGCUAUAUUCCAAGUGCAGUUUACUGUGUUUGUCAAAAUGGUUAUGAUCCAGCCUCACAAUGCUCGACUGCAUCUUGUAAGAACUAUACUUGUUCAGUAAAUCAAGUCUGUAAGCUAGACAAAGAGGGCCUUCCACAGUGUGUUUGUAAAGAGGGUUACACUGGGGACAAGUGUGAUCCACCUGUUGUUGAAUCUCAUUGUAAAAAAGGAUGUAAAAAUGGUGGCACUUGUAAACUGAAGGCCAACUCAAUUGAUUAUGCAUGUUCAUGUCCCCCCCAUUAUGGAGGAACUUAUUGUCAGACUGCAGAGAAUAAAUGUGCUGGCCACUGCUUAAACAAUGGAACAUGUCAACUAGUGAAUGAUAGCCCUAAAUGCACUUGUAAUGAGUACUUCACAGGAUCAAAGUGUGAAACUUGCCUCUGUCUGAAUAAAGGGAUCUGUAAAUCCGAUCAGAACAAGUUCUACUGCUCUUGCCCAGGCAAUUACAGUGGUAAACUUUGCAAUGCAUCUGCUUGUGGAGAUUAUUGUUUCAAUGAUGGUCAAUGUACAAAGUGUUCCAAAGAUAGUUCUACAGGGAGAUACAAAUGUUCAGCUUGUAGUUGUACAAAUGGAUUUGGAGGGGAGCGAUGUGAAACUCAUGCUUCUGCACACAGCCAAGCACAGUCAAGUGAUAUGAAACAGAUGAUUACCAUUGUAGUACCUGUGGUCAUUGGUGUUGUAUUAAUCUUGGUCAUCUUACUGAUUGUCAUAUUAUACAGGAGAAGAAGGGACCAGUUCAAGCAUCAAAGAAUGCACAAUUCUAACAUGGAGAUCAACAAUCCAAUCUAUAGACAACCAGUAGAUGGUGAAAUAGAAGGACAGGGAUCAGAAAUUGAACCAUUAGAUAUGGAGGGUGUAGAUCAUAAUACAAACUUUGCUAAUCCAAUGUAUGCAAGACUUUAUACUACAGACAGUACACAGGUGCUUUUACCAAAAGAUAGUGACAGUGAAGAGGCUUUAGAUAAAAAUGGAGAUCUGAACUUUUAUGGGUCAAAGGGUAAUCCCAAAAAGUCAAAUUUUUGAUAGUUGCCAUUAUCAUGAUUAUGAUUGACCAUUUUAGAAUCUAAAGGACUAUGGGUAGUUUUCAUUGUAAGUACCCAAAAUGGAAAAAUUGUUCAAAACGUUUUCAACCAAUCACAACGCUUAGGUGUACACUUUUUAAAAUAUUUCGCAGAAUGCAUUUGAUUCUGCAAUGGUGAAUUGUGUGUACAGAUGUAGUUCUUCCAUAUCAUUGCUCAGUUGUUGAAUCUUUAAAUUGUAUUACUUUAUUAUUUCCCCUUGAUUAAGUAUGAACUAAGUAAAUACAUAAUUCAAGAAUGUAAGAAAAGGUCAAAAUUUGGUAGAAUUGGCUGAAAUCUAGUUGCUUAGCAAUUUAAUAAUAAUAAUUCAUACACAGAUAUUUAAUUAACAAAUUCAUGUACAUGUGAAGUUCUAUUCUUGUUAAAGAAUAACUUUAUAAAAAAAUACACAAUUGUCAUUAAAAUAUCUGUUCAAUGAACUAAAGGGGAUAAUUUGAUUCAAACAUUUAUUUGCCUUACAUGUUUUUUUCGUAAAGAAUGAAAGCAAAAUUUAUUUGCCUGUACUCAAAAUUACUUUUAUUGAAUUCUAUGACUUAAAGAGUUAAAUUUAUGAAUCAUUCAUUAAAAUUCUUGACAUUGCUAACAGUAAUUAUCAAAGCCUUUUGUAGAAUUUUAAAGAACUGGGUCAGUUAAUUUAAAUAAAUAUCAUAUCCUUUUUUGGCAUUGAUAAAAAUAAAGGAUUUAUUUUAAGAAUGAAACAUACUUUUAUCUCUGAUACCAUUGUAAAUAAAGUCAUCAGAUUGCUUGAGAGAAACUUGCAGCCAUCAAGCAAACACCAUUUAGGGUGGGUGCAUCUUUGUGUUUGUGUGUGAAAUAAAUGACCUUCAGAUAUCAAGAGCUUUAUACAUGAUGAAUUUGAUUGGUUAGUGUAAAUGUGGUACCUAAAAUGAUUAGAUGCUAAUUCAGAAUAUUUGUUGAUAAUUUUUUUUAUUAUAAAGCAUGUAAACACUGCAAUAUAAAUAUAUCUGUGUUUAAUAAUUUUCUGUAUUUUUGAGGAAUACAUUGUAGACUUUUAUUGCUGUUUUAUAUAUACUUUUCCGUCAAAAAAAAUUACAGUUUUUACCCAAUAUUAAGUGAAAUUUUCAUAUUUUCACUUGAAAAAAUCUUUUUUAGUGCUUAACUUGUGUAUUUUCUUACAGUGUUGGGAAGGCAGUUUUGUAUAACAUAUCAUUAUAAUUAAAACGUCCAAGUUUAAUCAGUUAUCCUUUUUAAAAAGGAAAUUGAUCUAUAUACAGUGUACAUUCAUUCAUUAAUACAUAAUUACAAACUUAUAUAUAUAUUCAUAUCUUUGACAUUAAAUGUCUGAAGAUUAGUUGCAUUGUAAACUCUAUUGUGCAGAAUUUACGAUCUACAGGGUUUUACAUCGGCCAUUGUUUUGUUUUUAUGUGUGAGAGUAGUAAGUGUAUAAUUGUGAGUAUAACUGCUGACCAAUAAGAUCUGGUGCUUAACUUUGACCUCUGACCUUCAAGGGCAAGGUCAUUUCAUUGUAAUUAUAGCUAUUUUUGAGGAUUUGUGAAUAAUGAAAUGAAUUGUUAUUAUUUGAUGUAUUUCCGUUUAUAUUUUAUUUAUACAUGUUUGUGCUUUCAUUUUACAUAAAUAUAAUUUUUCAUUUUGGUACUGUUAUAUAAAUUGUAUUUUUUAUACUUAGUUUUUAGAAAAUUCUAGUGUAUUUAUAUGUUUUAUGUGUAUUUUUUAUACUGAGCUUUCAGAAAAUCUAGUAUAAAAUCAAAAGCAAUUAUUGUAUAUAUUGAUACGAAUAAUUUCCACCUAUCUUAUUAAAAGGGUUUUCACGUAGCAAGGUUUUUUACAGUAAUCAAUAUGCUUCAUAAGAAAUGUAUAUCUGCUUGGUGUCACACUAUCUUAUCUAUUAAAUACAGAACUAAAGCAUAUAAGAGGUACAUCAACUUCUCCUUUUAAGUACUGUUUUGCUCGUUUGUAUCUCAUCGUACUAUCUAUUGUAUACUGGACAAAGGCCCACUACAGGUAUGUUUUUAAAUAUUUGUUGAUGAUAACCAAGUUCUCUAAUUCAAAUUGGAACAUAUUGCCAAAAGUUUAAGUAAGUUUCCUUAAGCAAUUUAUUUUAUCCAUUCUGGAGUGUUUAGUAGUGUCAUUAGUUCAGCUGUUUUAAAUUCUACUCUGAUAAAAUAGGUUUGUCUUCAUGAUUGAAGGUGCAAUCUUUAAUCAAAAGUUGAACCAUUGACGUUGAAUUUCAUACAAUCUUCUUGUUUCCAUUAGGAAUCUUUAAAGGAAUACAUUUUAUGCCCCACUAAGGGCAAUAAUUUUUUUUUUCUGGCCCACUUCAGUUUAAAGAUUUUGGUCAAGUUUUUAAUCAAGGUAGUUUUGAUGAAGUUGAAGUCCAAUCAGCUUGAAACUUAGAACAUGUCUUCCCUAUGAUAUGAUUUUUAUAGUAAUUUGAAUGCUAAAUACGAGUUUUGACCCCAAUAUCUUGGUUCACCAAAAAUAAAAAAAUGCUAAGUAUGGUUGGGGCAUCUUUGUACUAUGAACAUGUUCUUGUUUGGGUUUUGAUGGGUAUUCAAUUGAAAAUUUAAGCAGUUAAUAGGUUGAUCUGGUGAAAUAUAAUCUGAUAUAGACAGAAAACUCUCAAACUUUUCAUUCGUUAUACUGUGGAUUCAUUUUUUUUUGUGGGUACAAAUUUUCGUGGAUUAAGGAAAAUUUGCGUUUUCUUGGAUAUCUAAUUUCAUUGCUAUAGCAAAGUCUGCAAUGAAGACUUUAGGACAUUUCUAAUUUGUUUAAGGAGGUAGACCUAGGUUAAGGGAAAUAACUCUUAAAAUCAUCAGUACGUUUAUGUCAACCAUUUUCAUAAAUAUAUUUUAAGCUUCUAGUUUAUUUCCAAUCUGUUUCAGGUAAAUGCUUAAAAGACAUUGAUGAUACUUAUUUAAAGAGUUAUCUACCUGAACCAAGGUCUCCCCCCUUUAAAUUCAUGGUUCAACUUCACCCAAGUAAUCCAAGAAAAUUUGUAUCCAAUGAAUAAUAAUGAAUCAACAGUACUAUAAAUAUUUUUUAUGAUAAGACAUUUAUGUGUUGUGAUAUAAAGGUUGUGCUUUGUUUUAACAUUCCAGUAAUUUUAGUUGUAUUAUGUGAUAUUGUUGUAUAUCAUUGUACAAAGAUAUGUUGUUGUUAAUGUGUUUAUUACAGCUGAUUUCCUUAUGCUUGCAAAGUAAAAGUUUAGUUGGCUUGCUUGCUUGUGUGUAUAAUUGUUUAUACAAGCUUUGUAAAUAAGAUUGACAUCUUUAAAUCAAUAUAUAUAGGCAUAGUUUAACCAGUAUAUAUUAUAUUUGAAUUUAAUUGGAUGUUAUCCUAAUGAUUUUACAAUAUACAAACAAAACAAGUAAGCUAACCAAAGUUUUGUUUUACAUGCAUUAGGAAAUUAGCUGUAAACAAAUCCCUCCGUUAUUCUACUUUAUUAACAAUUUGCUAUAGUUCAGGUUUUUUUUCUGCAAACACUUUCAUCUUUUACAAAAUAUUUUGAUCAACCAAAGAUCCAAACAUUUCAUAUACAUGUUGUUGAGUUUCUUUUUUAAACUUAUUUAAUCAACCCAAAUUUCAGUUCAAACAUUUGCUUUAAUUAAGUUUUUUUCUGCAAACUUUUUCAUCUUUUUCAAACUGUUUUAGUCAAUCCAAAUUUCAAACAUUUACUAUAGUUAAGUUUUUUUGCAUUUUCAUGGUUUUUUUUGCAUUUUUAUCACUGACAAACUGUUUUAAAGCUAUUCCAAGUUUCAAACUUGAAUUAUAUUAUAUAUGCUUUUUGUAAAUUUUGGUAUUUGGUUGAAUAUAUUAGGUGUAAGACUAUUAAGCUUUACCUUUUUAUUUUCUAUUGCUUGUCUACGGCAAACUGUGAUGAAUAAUUAUGAAAUGCCAAAUCUUAAAAAUCAAAAGCAUUAUAUUUUAUACCAGUUGUAUGAAAAUUGUUGUUUGUAAUUUUUUUUUGUAUAAAAAUGGGUUUAUGAAGCAGAAUAUUUUCAACUUUAUCUAGAUUUUAGAUUAAGAAUAAUAUAUUUUGGCACAAGUGAACAGAUUAGUUUAAAAAAAUGGCCAAAAAAAGCCAUCAUUUACAAUUUUAUUUUAUUCUGGUGAUAAAUGACAUUCAACUCUGUAAGGAAAUGUCAAAAAUUAUUUUAAAUAAUUAUGUAUUAAAGAUGAGAAUUAUUUUGUUUCAUCAACACAUUUUACAUACCAGAGCAUUGAUUAAGUUCUUUUAUAGUGUCAUUACAAAAGAAAAUUGAUCUUCCAUAGAGUAGAAGGUAUGAUAUCAUUAUUGAUAGUUUUAAACGUUUAAAGUUCAUUAAUCAGUUUUUGAAAGGAGUAGGUCUGGUAAGGACCGAUUUUGGCCUCAAAUUUUAGGUUCAUCUAACGAACGAUUUUGACCACAUUUUAUUUGAUUCUAUUAGUUUAUGUUAAAGAUUUUAACUGAUUUUGCCAUUAAAAACGAUCUGAUUCAAGCUCAAAUAUGAAAAAUCUACAAAAUAUGCCAAAAAAUGUCACUUUUCAGAUGGUUUUUGUCAAAAUUGAAAGUGGCCGCAUCCAUGUUCAUCCUCAACCUUUAUAUAUGUUAUGUAUUAUCAACAAAUACAACUUACAUUUUAAUAUUAAGGAUGAACACAAAUGCGGCCACUUUCAUUUUACAUGAAAACCGUCUAAAAUUUAACUAAAAUGCUAAAAUUGUGAAUAUUUCUGUGAUUUAGCAUGACUUAAUGGUGCUAGUACUCGAUAUAUGUGCACUGUAUUGUCAACAUCAGUCCAUUUUUAUGUAGCAGAAGCAUACUACUGUCCAAUAAAUAACUAAAAGUUUACUGUUGAACAAUUUUCUAAAACUGCUAUAUUUUGGGGCCAAAAAGGUGUCUUACCAGACCUACUCCUUUAUGGCUUUUUAACCUCACUGUUAAAAAACUUGCAACUGUAUGUCAGUGAAUUAGUAAAAAAAAACACGUUUAAAUGUCCCUCUGUUAGAAGACAGGUUUGAUAUGAUAAGCACAUUUACUGCAAAAUACUGAAUAGAUAGUACAAAUUUUCUAAUAACACAUAAUUGUCAAAGUAAAUUUUUGAGGGUAAUUGUAUACCUAAAAAUUUUGAUAAUUGUUGCCGCAAAUAUAAUCUGUAAUGUUUUCAGAAUUUGUCACAACAAUUAACAGGUCUGCCAAAAGUUGCGGAAACGUACCAUUUUGUUCACUUCUAUGUAAUAUGAUACUUAAGUGAAGAUCUAUUCAAAUUUUUCUUUUUUCUACACACACAUUGUCAUAGUAUAUUAUUGAGUGUUAACCUAGUGUGUUUUAAGAAAAAUUAUGGAUGCCUUAUUUUAAGAUUUUAAGUAUACUGAAUAGUUCAUAACUUUUGACCAAUUUUUUUUGUAAGAAUUUUUGUGAAAUGGAUCACUGUUUCCCAGGUCUUAGUGAAAGCAAUUUUUUUUAAAUGCAUGUUUCAAAAGGUAGGGUCUUAUCAAGGAACUAGAGUGUCCUGAUAGGGUAGGAGUUCUUUCAAUAUAAGAUAUCAGCACAUCAUUUUCCAUUCCGUCUCAAGACAUAUUGUAUAUUUAUCAUAGCUACUAAGAGACAAAAAUAAAGUCAUUAUAUAUA